AUGGCACCCCCGCUAUCCUCGCUUUACACGCUCUCCUUCGCGAUUGCUGUCCUUGUCACUCUUCUCGUAGCGGCGACCCUCCGCCUCCUUGCUAUACUCCCAAACACGCGCCCAAAAACGCAACCAUGGCGCAAACCUCCGCUGGCCACACGGGUCCUCGUUGUUCUAGGAUCGGGAGGACACACCCAUGAAAUGUUUCACCUAAUACGCGACCUCGACCCAGCGAAAUACACACACCGCACAUACGUCGUCAGCAGCGGCGAUGCCUUCAGCGCACAACGCGCCGUAGAAUUUGAGCGCGGAAUGGAGGAGCGCGAGAAGAACAAGGCCGGCGCGAAUUCUAAUACCAAUAUUCCAUCUUCAAGCACAGUCGACGUCAAAGUCACAGACCCAAACGGCACAACAAGAACAAGACCGCGAUCCUCCACCACCGGCGCUCGAUCACGCGCAAAUUCCAUUCGCGAACCUCGAAAGCCCUUUCUAGGCCCAGACCACUACAACAUCGCCGUCGUGCCCCGCGCCCGUAAAAUCCACCAGCCACUACUCACAACACCACUCUCAUGCCUCUACACCCUCUACGCCUGCUUCUCCCCGCUUCUUCGCGCCCCACCCUUCCAACCCAAUAAGCAGCCAAGCACAUCAUAUGAAGCUGCCGCCGCCGACGUCCCAGACCUUAUACUAACAAACGGCCCCGCAACAGCCGUCAUCCUCAUAUUAGCGAGUCUGAUACUCCGCUUCUUCGACGUCAAGGGUGCGAAUUCAAGGGGGAAGUGCAAGACGGUAUAUGUGGAGAGUUUUGCGCGUGUCAAGACGCUGAGCUUGAGUGGCAAGAUAUUGCUGAGGGUUGUGGAUCGGUUCUUGGUGCAGUGGGAGGAACUGGAAGGGGCUGGGGGGAGAGCAGAGUUCUGGGGGGUGUUGGUGUGA